AUGGAGAUAGACCCUACAGUUGUUCAAAUAUACGUCCUGUACUCAACCAGCAAGCAAAGCAUGCCACCGCCUCGGAGCGGAGUACCUGGCGGCGUAUACGCCUCAGUGAUGGAUUGGAUCAUCAAUAAUAGGCGGCGUGAUGAUUAUGAGCGCGAUGCUGCACCCGUUGCCGAGAAGAAGCAAUCGCCUGAGAAGGUACUGAAGCAGGUUUGGACGCCGGUGUCCCACCUGAGUCACUUCGCUUUGCUAUAUCACGAAGACGACAUCAUAAAACGCAAUUCUUCGGUGAAACGCAGGAAGUUUAAAACUGUUGCGUCGCUGGCGAAGUAUGUAGAUGCAUUUAACAGCUACAAAAAGGCAACCGUUAGUCCACCCUUAGCCAAUAAGUUGGACCACAAAUUGAAAGCCGGCACAAGAACAGGGGAGCACGAUAAAGGUAAAAAGCCUGUUGUCCCAAUUCGCAAUGUAACUGAAGGUGCAAAAGAAGUUAUAUCUACGCAACCAAAAGAUGCGAAAGGCGCUGGAAGGAAUCAAGGAACUGGAACGUCGAACGUUGAAGGUGCCAAUCAAUUAGAUAUAAAAGCAUCGAAGGAUAACAAGGUCACCGUGCCAAAUAUCACUCCUGCGCAAUCACAGCAAAAGGCUCGUAAGAACGACGGAAAUGGCCACGAAAAGGAUUCUAACCCAGAAGCAUCGAUGGCUUCAGCAUCAAUACCUGCCGUUAAGGCUACACGCGCUACUCCAGAAUCAAAGGUAUCAUCCACUAAUGCUCAAAGUAAACAACCUAAACAUGGUGUUGUGGCUAAGGUUGCGCCAGUUAGGCAGUCUCCGCCGGCAACGGGCAGUAAAGUGAAAUCGGGGACUGGUUAUGCCCAUGAAGGUAGCAAAACAGCAACAUCAAACAAGCCGCAUGGUAAUACCAUAGCUGCCGUGUCUAAAGAUAAUGUUGCUGGCACAUUGAAUAGCCGUCGCAAUCCUGUUAAGGUCGAGCCUGGCUCUUCUGGAAAAAACGUACGCCUGCCCGCCAAACCCGCCAAGGCCACCCCCCCGUCAAUACCACCCAAGCCCACUCCUAGGACCUCUGUGCGCUCACGUCCUGCGGCGUCAGGCUCCGCUGGAGUAAAACCGGAUAAACCCGUACAUGGCAGACAAAAUCCGCAGAAGCCGGUUGAACAUAAGGUCGUUGAUAAACAAGAUUCUCACAGUGAAGUACUUCCAGACCAUGAUGCCAGUGGUAUCAAGGAUGUGUCAGCUGUUACGUAUGCAGGCAAUGACACUUCAUCUGAAGCAGGUAGUGCCGCGGUUGGGAAUGUGACUUCUGACACCCAUCAAGACACCUCUCCAUGGCAGCCGGUUGUGGAACUAAACCCGGUUAUAGAUCCGUUCGAGCGUGAUACAUGGAUGCGAAAGGCGAUGGUACGUCGCCGCAAGUCUAAAUCGGAGAGCAAAGAGGACGAGUCAAACGAAGGCGCCUCUGUGGUAGACGGAAUUGACACUGUGGGCAAUGCGGAAGCCCAUUUGUGCGAUGACAUAGCACAUACACCACCUGGCGAGGAAUCGUCGAACUCGUCGUUUGCCAGAUGCGACAAUCAGUCGAUAGAUGGCCACUCUACCUCGUGCGACGCUGAGACGGCAUCACGUAGACUCUUGAGCGCACGCAUGUAUGAUAUGUUUGACGAAGAUGUGGACGACGGAUAUGCGGUAGAUACCUACUUGGAGUAUGCUGAUGUCUACAUGGGCCCUUCGGGUGCGUAUGUUGAUGGUGAAGGUUCAAGCAUUUAUGCAGACGAUAGAGAUAUCACUACCACCCGUGUUGCAUACAACACACAACUGGUGCGCAGAGAAAACAAUGGCGACUCGCUUAUACACACGGGUACCCAAGACAAUGUUGAUUCGCUCGCUCCUGGUGAUAACAAUCUUAGCACCGCUUCACCUCCACAAGCGACAUCAGGUCUAAGGCCCUCAUCGGUUUCAAGCCCUGUCAACUAUGCUAGUGGAUCAAACCAUGAUACAAUUACAAGCAACAAUGAUUCAUCGUCUGGCUUGAUGCACGAGUCUCUGCAGGCCCCAGAGCUAUCUAAAAAUGACAGUUAUUCGGAUGACGUGGGACCGCCUCCAUCUUGUGCGUUGUGUCUGUCAGAUGUACGUUCGGCGUGCUGUGACGUCGAGUGUAACGACGCCGUGACUCGCAUUUUGAACAGCGCUAGUUUAGGUUUGAGGAACCCUAUGCGGCAGUUGUGUCGCUCCAGUUCAUGUAAAGUUUUGGACGAUUUUAUAUCAGAAUAUGACGUCGACGAAUCAUUCAGAACAUAUUCCUCCCGGCGAUUCGAAUCAUGGGUCCCUAACAUAAAGAAUAUAUUGCGCGAGUUAGGUGGUAUUGAACACUUCCGGGAUGAUGGUUACGUAUACGAUAUAGACCGCGGGUUGGUGGCGGACAUCGUGGACUGGCAUGAUAUGGGACCUUAUGGCACUUAUUUCCCACCAAACCUGGUACUUCAGACGAGUAGGGAUUUCAUAAGUGUUGAGUUUGAAGGAAGUGAUGGCAACGUGAACGUUGCUCACCGCGAAUUGGGAGGAUGGUUUGAGCCUCAAGCCAUGGUUGUGCUCCGCAGCCGAAAUACUAUUCAUCGUGAUGCAGGGUGGGCACUGUCAGCCGAUCCUGAAGGGGAAGAAAAUGUUGAUGUCGAAAUUGUUCCUGAAGAAAGGCGCCGUGUGGAUGCUUCGGUGGACCUGGAGGAUGCCUACCUCGAUGCCAUAUCCCCAACAACUCCAACGCCGAUGCGCUAUCCAUUGUGGUACUACGUGUACAUGAAAACCGGUUUCAACAGCGGUGCGAGCAUGCGUAGUUCCACCUAUCAGAAGCUGCUUAAUGCGUAUGAGGCUUACGUGAAACGAACCAAACGUGAUAUCAGCGGUGAUAAUUCAGCCAUCGAAUCCAGGUCAAGCACCAUUGCAGGUGAGCUGCUCCGUAAUAUGGCAGAGUCAAGCCACCUUCCGAUCGCCGAUUCACUAGAUGCCAUUUCAGUGUUGCAGCAAGCUUACGGAAACAUGCUAACUUGUCUUGGAGGUUUACAUUCGGGGCGCAUAAUACACGAGACAACACUUCAUGUCAGCAGGCGCGACUAUAUUUUCAAUGUUAUCGUGGCUUGGUCAUGUUUGGCCGCGCUGAUUACGAUUAUCUCAUUGGCCACCGUAGUAUCCAUCCAGCUAAAACAGAGAACCGCACGCUUCACUUCAACUGGAAAAUGA